CGCAGCAGUGUGUACCCGUCCGUCACUUUUGUUGGCGUGACAAGAAUUAAACGGUUAUGUAGUGCGGUCUUUUGUCAUUCUUAUAGAAGAAAAGCGUUAUUCGAGCACUCUUCCUCGCAUGCAUCAGGAUGCGGCGAUGUCUUUAUGUCGUCGGUUGUUACGUGGGGUGAAAAGCAAAUGCUAGCUAGUAGCUACCUAGCUAGCUUAUUUAGCCACAGUAAAGGCGACACGAGCUAACUACUUUUUCUCUCUGGCUGAGUCAUCAUGGCACAGACAGAGGGUCUGUACUCAGUUUCUCUUGGUGUGAGGGGUAUGACUUGUGGCUCCUGUGUUCAGUCCAUAGAGAAACACAUUGGAUCUCUGCCUGGUGUAAUCCAUAUUAAGGUGUCUUUGGAGCUGGGGAAUGCCACUGUUAUAUUUGACAGCAGCCAACAGACCUCAGAGUCUCUUUCUGAGGCUAUCGAGGACAUGGGAUUUGAAUCAAAUCUAUUGCUGUCCAGCACAACCACUCCGGUUACUACUGAUUCCCAGCUCAUCCUCACAUCAGGCUUGGCACCUGCUGCCCAGCAGGAGGCUUUGGAGAGGCUAUCCCAGAUUCAGGGAGUAUUGGACAUAAAGCAAAACCAGGGCCAAAUGGGUUUCACCAUCACAUAUGUUCCUUCUUUGAUAUCAGCACUGCAGCUAAGUAAUGUGAUGGCCAGCAUAGCACCCCUGGAAUUCCCAUUACCCAGCAUCCCCACACAGAAAGACCCAACUUCAGCCUCAUCACACAGAUCAGAAGACAGAGCAACAUUGCUGAAGUUGUGCAUUGAGGGAAUGACCUGCCAUUCCUGCACUACCACGAUUGAAGGCAAAAUAGGAAAAUUCAAAGGGAUUGAAAAGAUAAAAGUGGUUUUAGAGUCUCAGGAAGCUACAGUUGUCUACCUGCCUUACCUCAUCACUGUUCAAACCAUUAUUGAUCAGAUUGCUGCUGCUGGUUUUAAAGUUUCUACUAAGUCCAAGCCCCGCCCUCUGCAGCUGGUUUCUGGUGAUAUUGAACAUUUCAUUGACUCUCAAAGGUCAACAGCUUCUCCACCAGAGGCAUCAAAAGAGACAGAAAUCUUCAUAGACACAACCCUUGUUACACUCAUGGUGAAGGGCAUGCACUGCAGAUCCUGUGUGGUCAAUAUCCAAGACAAUAUCUCAAUAUUGCCUGGCGUCUCCUCUGUGGAGGUCUCCCUGGAGAAGGAGAAAGCUUCCAUCUGUUACGACCCUUUAAAGAUCACAGUGCCUCAGCUGCAGCAGGCAAUUGAAGCACUGCCUCCCGGGAACUUUAAAACUCAGCUAUGGGAGAACUCUGACCCACUCAGUUCUGUAGCCAUAUCACCGACACCUAUCUUACCGUCACCACGAGCAAACCAGGCCAAAAAUACUCACUUUCAACCAUGUUUUUGUCAGCCACUGGCAGCAGUAGCAAGUGUUCACAUCGAGGGCAUGACAUGCAAUUCCUGUGUCCAGUCCAUUGAAGGCAUGAUUUCCCAAAGGAAGGGGGUAAUGUCUGCCCAGGUCUCUCUCGCUGAUCAUCAGGGCAUCUUUGAAUAUGAUCCCCUCCUGACCACACCAGAGGAAUUGAGGGAGGCUGUAGAAGACAUGGGCUUUGAUGCAUUCCUACCUGAAACAAAUUCUCUUCUGCCUGUCUCGGAUUCCAGUCUCUCUAAAUCUGCAACACUAACAACUGUAAAAGAUAAAGAGCUUGGUAGUGACUCAUACAAAGAACCUCCCCAGAAAUGCAUCAGAGAAAUGCAUUCAAAAUGUUACAUCCAAAUAGGAGGGAUGACCUGUGCCUCCUGUGUGGCAAAUAUUGAGCGUAACUUAAAGAAUGAAACAGGAAUCUUCUCAGUUCUGGUAGCACUCAUGGCAGGUAAAGCUGAGGUCCGUUAUAACCCCGACGUCAUCGACCCUGUGAAGAUUGCAGAGUGUGUAAGAGAGCUGGGCUUCACUUCCUCCGUUAUGGAAAACUAUGAAGGUUCAGAUGGAAACCUUGAGUUGAUCGUCAGAGGAAUGACGUGUGCUUCUUGUGUUCACAAAAUUGAAUCCAAUCUUACAAGACAAAAAGGCAUUAUAUACGCCUCUGUUGCCUUGGCAACCAACAAAGCACAUGUUAAGUAUGACUUAGAAAUUAUAGGACCACGAGACAUCAUCAAGCUGAUCGAGAAUCUGGGCUUUGAAGCGUCUUUGGCUAAGAAGGACCGCUCCGCCAGUCACCUUGACCACAGCAAAGAGAUACAACAGUGGAAAAAGUCUUUCCUUGUGAGUUUAGUAUUCUGUGUGCCUGUAAUGAGCAUGAUGAUAUACAUGAUUAUCAUGGAUGAGCAGAUGAGUAGAUCACAUCACCACAACACCACAGCUGAAGAUUUCAGUCACUACCACUCCCAGAUGUUCUUGGAGAGACAGCUGCUCCCAGGACUGUCCAUCAUGAACCUCCUGUCCUUCCUCUUUUGUGUGCCUGUACAGUUUAUUGGAGGUCGCUAUUUCUACAUUCAAGCAUACAAGGCGGUGAAACACCGAUCUGCCAACAUGGAUGUGCUAAUAGUUCUGGCCACCUCCAUAGCUUUUACCUACUCAGUGGUUGUCCUGAUUGUGGCAUUGGUGGAGAGGGCAAAAAUCAACCCCAUCACCUUCUUCGACACACCACCUAUGCUGUUUGUCUUCAUCUCUUUGGGACGCUGGCUGGAGCAGAUAGCGAAGAGCAAGACCUCUGAAGCUUUGUCUAAACUCAUGUCCCUGCAAGCGACAGAGGCCACAGUGGUCACUCUUAAUGACAAUAAGUCUGUUCUCAGUGAGGAGCAGGUGGAUGUUGAGCUGGUGCAGAGGGGCGACGUGGUAAAGGUUGUUCCUGGAGGGAAGUUUCCUGUCGAUGGAAGGGUCAUUGAGGGACACUCCAUGGCCGAUGAGUCUCUCAUCACAGGUGAGGCCAUGCCUGUGACUAAGAAGCCUGGAAGCUCUGUGAUUGCAGGAUCCAUCAAUCAGAACGGCUCCCUGCUUGUCAGUGCUACACAUGUUGGCAUGGACACCACGCUGUCACAGAUUGUCAGACUAGUCGAGGAGGCCCAGACUUCAAAGGCUCCCAUCCAGCAGUAUGCAGAUAAGAUUAGUGGGUACUUUGUGCCUUUCAUUGUCGGCAUAUCUGCCCUCACUCUGAUUGCCUGGAUCGUCAUUGGGUUUUUGCAUUUCUCUAUAGUUGAGAAGUAUUUCCCUGGUUAUGACAAGAGCAUUUCCAGGGCAGAGGCAGUCAUCCGCUUUGCCUUCCAGGCCUCUAUAACAGUAUUAUGCAUUGCCUGCCCCUGUUCUCUUGGCUUGGCAACCCCAACAGCUGUCAUGGUGGGCACAGGGGUCGGAGCCCAGAAUGGAAUCUUGAUCAAAGGAGGCGAGCCACUUGAGAUGGCUCAUAAGGUCGAGUCAGUGGUGUUUGAUAAGACCGGCACCAUUACAUAUGGUGCUCCAAAGGUUAUUCAAGUCAGGAUUAUUGUGGAGGGGAACAAGAUGCCACGUUCCAGACUGCUUGCUAUUGUGGGUACAGCUGAGAACAACAGUGAACACCCUCUUGGAGCAGCUAUCACCAAAUACUGCAAGCAGGAGCUGGGCACAGACUGCCUUGGCACAUGCACAGACUUUCAGACAGUGCCGGGCUGUGGCAUCCGAUGUCAAGUCAGCAGCAUGGAGACCAUGCUGAAGCAGCUGGACAGUGACAGUGAGGACAGUAACCAGCGCAACAGCAUCCUCGUACAGAUAAGCAACACCCAAACAUCCACCAGCUCCCACCCGCUCAUCAUGGACCCCCAACCACUUAGUGUUCAGGCAGCCACCUACAUUGUGCUGAUAGGCAACAGAGAGUGGAUGAGGAGAAAUGCACUGCAUAUCACACCUGAUGUCGACGAGGCCAUGAUAGAGCAUGAGCGCAGAGGGCGCACUGCUGUCCUGGUUGCUGUGGACGAUGUGCUGUGUGCCAUGAUAGCCAUAGCAGACACAGUGAAGCCAGAGGCUGAGCUGGCAGUCCACACUCUGACCAACAUGGGUCUGGAAGUAGUACUCAUGACCGGAGACAACAGCAAAACUGCCCGCGCCAUUGCUGCUCAGGUGGGGAUCAGGAAGGUGUUUGCUGAGGUGCUGCCUUCCCAUAAAGUGGCCAAAGUAGAACAGUUGCAACAGUCAGGAAAGAGAGUGGCUAUGGUCGGUGAUGGUGUCAAUGACUCACCGGCUCUGGCCAUGGCUGACGUGGGCAUCGCCAUAGGAACUGGCACAGACGUGGCCAUAGAGGCAGCAGACGUGGUGUUGAUCAGGAAUGACCUGCUGGAUGUGGUGGGCAGCAUUGACCUCUCUAAAAAAACUGUCAGGAGGAUCAGGAUUAACUUCAUCUUUGCCCUGAUCUACAAUCUUGUUGGCAUUCCCAUUGCUGCUGGUGUGUUUCUUCCUAUCGGUCUAGUGUUGCAGCCGUGGAUGGGUUCUGCUGCGAUGGCACUGUCAUCCGUCUCUGUGGUUUUGUCCUCUCUUCUACUCAAAUGCUACAGGAAGCCCACCGCCGAGCGGCUGGAGGCGCAGCUAGGUAACAGCCAUUGGCAGGGCAGCCUGUCUGAUGUUAGUGUCCACAUCGGCAUGGGUGAGCUACGGCGACCCUCCCCCAAGCUCAGUCUGCUGGACCGUAUUGUCAACUACAGCCGUGCCUCCAUCAACUCCCUGCGCUCCGACAAGCACUCCCUCAACAGCAUGCCGCUGAACGAGCCCGACAAACACUCGCUGCUGGUGGGUGAGUCCCACUGCAACGAGGAUUUCUGUUGAGGACACAGGUCAUCGAAGACUUUCAUUCAAGUAAAAGCCCAACUCAAAGGGCUGCAGGGGAUGAUGGUCCCUCCGUCUGCUGGAGGCGCUCUCAGGCCAAGUUUGUUGGCUUAAAGAAAGCGUGCAUUCCUUGUUUUCCAGCUGGUCACAUGCACUUAUAGAGCAUGCUGCGGGAACUUACACACUAGCAGUAUCUUAAUGUUUUUAAGGCACUGAGGCUGUUUGACCAAUGUUUUGACACUUUGAAAACACGCUCAAAGAUUUGAAGCAGUUUCACAUGCAAGAAGCAGAGUGAAGCUCUCCUCUGCCUUACUGGUCUUGUUUGUUUUUUUGCCAAAACAAUCGUUAAAACAUGUCCAAAGAUGUUUUAUUAACAGUGCUCAUGUAAGAAUGGACACUGCAAAGAUUUAUCACGUUUUCGUGAAAUGAAAAAAUAACUUGUGUAAUUCUGUUUGAGUAUUUAUAUUACCCAUAUUUAUCUUUUUGUCAUUAUGUAGCAGGAAAAAUGAAGUUGAUUGUAAAUGAUAAUGCAGGACAACCCCCCCCCCCCCGCGCCAAAAAAAAAAAAAAAAGCAAAUUUUUGUGCUGA